GUCAAGCGAUGUAUCUUUGACCGUUGGGUGAAUAUAGAUGACAUCACAGCCGUUGUUCCCUUCUCUUUCCCUCUUCCGAGCCCGAACCCCGCUCGCCGGAGCCAUGACCAAACGGCGGCGGGUAAAACCUCGGCCACCGCUGCCGGCCUCUACUCCUUCUCCUCCUCGGCCGCCUACACCACCAAAGAAAAACCCGAUCGCUAACCCUAAUCCUAAGCCCGCAGCCUUCCGGACCAAAACCCGGCGGUCCCUCGCCCCCUCUCUCCUCCCUUCCGCAGCCGCCGGCGAAUGGAAGACCCUUCCCAUCCCCCGCUCCGAGUUCUCCCUCCUCCUCACCCUUCCCACUGGCCAGACCUUCCGGUGGAGGCGGACCGCUGCCGACUGCUUUACCGGCGUCGUUGGGUCCCACCUCCUCUCCCUCAAGCACCUCGAAGGCGACCCCGCCGGCCACGUCGCCUUCCUUCUCCACUGCCCCUCCUCCACCUCCGCUGCCGCCCGCUCCGCCCUCGCGGACUACCUCAAUCUCGGCGUCUCUCUCGCUGACCUCUGGGAAGGCUUCGCCCAGGCCGAUACCCGCUUUGCCGAGCUUGCCCGGCGGUUCGGCGGUGGCGCUCGCGUCCUACGGCAGGACCCGGUGGAGUGCGUCUUCCAGUUCCUCUGCUCCUCAAAUAACAACAUUGGGAGGAUCGAGAGGAUGGUCGGCGUGCUUUCAUCGUUCGGGGAGUAUCUCGGGACUGUCGGUGGGUUCGACUUCCAUGAGUUCCCGUCGCUCGACAGGCUGUCCCUCGUCUCGGAACAGGAGCUCCGCGAGGCUGGCUUUGGUUACAGGGCAAAGUACAUAGUUGGUACAGUCAAGGCUUUGCAGGCGAAGCCUGGUGGAGGCACUGAAUGGCUUGCUUCUCUUCGUGGCUUGGAGCUUCAUGAGGUAAUUGAUGCCCUUUGUACUUUGCCUGGAGUUGGACCAAAGGUUGCUGCCUGUAUUGCACUUUUUUCCCUUGAUCAGCACCAUGCCAUUCCUGUUGAUACUCAUGUGUGGCAGAUUGCAGUGCAAUAUCUCAUGCCAGAGCUUGCAGGCAUGAGCCUCACGCCGAAGCUUAGCAAUCGUGUGGCUGAGGCAUUUGUGGCCAGAUUUGGGAAAUAUGCUGGUUGGGCACAAAAUGUGCUCUUCAUAGGUGAACUAUCAUCACAGAAGGCCCUCAGGCCAUCAGAUGUUACUGUCAGCAGCCAGCCAAGGUCUGCUAAGAGAAAACACAAGAAAAACAAAGUGGCUACAGACAUAUCCUCUCAGGUUGGAUAAACAUGCAGGUAGGGUCAUCCGCUUGCAAUUAUUUAAUUUCUAGCUGGUUGGUUUGACAUACAUGGGUCAUUAGUUUUUGUAAACCAUGAGAUCUGUGUGUGAAUGGAUGACCCUUUCUUGGGAGGGUAGAAGAGUUUUCCUCAUGAUCUAGCAUAGCUUGCGAAGUUAUGACAUGGCAGAUUUCAUUAAAAUGUUGUGGCAGAAGGACCCAGAUGUGCUGAUAACUUGUAAUCAUGGCCCCUGGCAGAAACUUUCCUUAUUACGGCAUGCACUGAUACCUGAUUCAAUGGAGGAUCGUAUUGUCAUAUGUAGCUGCUGAAAGUUUCAGAAUCAUUAUUCCUCAGAUACCUCUUCCUUUUUCCUUGCUCACUGUAUUCUGUAAGCUGGAAACCAUUACUGAUUCAUUUAAUCUAGUGAUUUGUUUCUGCUA